GCUAACUCUUUUCACUAUCACAAAGCCUCGCCGGAGGAGCGCGGCAUGUUGUGUCGCCAGCAGAAGCUUUCUUGAGCAUUGCAGAGUGGUGGAAGGGUUAGAACAACGUCCGCGGAUUCGUUUGUUUGCUGCGUUGCCAGUGGUGCUCAUGCCGGUAAAAGCGUCUUUUGAAGUUGAUUGAACAAACAAAGCAAGGCGUGACUCAACUCAUGAGGUGGCUGAUCUGUUUGCUGACCUUAGCAUCUCAUCUAGGCCCAGGGAAACAAAGAAAAACUCACUCAAGGUGUGGGAUUGCGCUUUGUUCAAGUUGGGCGGUGUGUUCUGCUGUCGUCACUGUCCGGAUGCGGUUUUGACAACUUGCACCCUUUUUUCACUCGGACUUUUCAUUUCCACUUCCACCUCCAUCCACCAUCGCGACACCUCGCCGCAUUUGCUUUGCAGCUUUACCGUUCAUCCGAUUUAAGAUCCUCCUUCAACCUCUGUACCAGAAGCUCCAGCCUUUUGCCUCCCUCCGAAUUUUUGACCAAGUUAGCCAUCAUCAACCCUCCAGUCACGUUGCUAGCCUCGGCUGCAGCCUCGCUUAUCAGCCUCACCUCACCCCGGUCAAUCUAGCUGUGUGGAUCUCAAUCACAAUUCCAUUUCAGUCUCCAGACAAUCAACGUUGUCCAAUCUCUGGCGACAAUCACUCUCUUGACCGCCGGUCUCACCUUCCAACCCCGCCAUUCGACCCGACGAUAUCUCCCACUCGGGCUAUGGCCAGCUCCCCUCGUGCCCACCUCGGACUGCCAUAAUGGAUCCACGUCCGUCAGUGGCGCUGGACAAGCUUGAUAUGUAUGGUGCGACGCGCCAAUCUAACACCGAGCAAGAAUGGAGAAGCUGGCCAUCUGUGAAAGCAACGAUUCCUAACUUGCCUCGCGGCACAACGACCUACGACAUCCACAAAAAUCUACAACGCUUUGGAAAGUUGGAAUAUAUCCGUAUCGAAGAAACUCGCCAAGGCAACUUCGCCCGAUAUGCCCAGGUUAUGUUCAAACCACCACCUCCCCGGAGAGCUCCAUGGGACCCGGCCUACAAGCAUGGCAUCGACUUUCCUCUUCGAGAAAAAUAUGUUGAAAGAAAAUACAAAGUUAGGGUUUGGCUGUCUCACACCCAACCUACGAUUCAGCUCGUUGAGAGUCCUGCUUCCCCCGGCCUCAAGUAUCCAUCGGAAAUGGCUUUGUUCGGUACGUCGAUCGACUUCGGUUUUUUAGACAAUCCGACCUUGAUGGUUGUCAAGGCCAGCAAGUCCGAUGGCCAUGGCAGUGGUAGUGGUGUUAGACUCCUUCUCAAUCUCAGACGGCUUGAAUUGGAAGUUCACUUCCCGGUGAUGAUCAAGUCAAAGGGCAAGACAAGCGAAAGAGCUUACCGGUUCUUUGUCGCUCUUGACGAUCAGUUUUCUCUUUCCGAGAUUCCAAACGGCGAGAUGUCGUCCUUCGUAAUCAAUGCCAAGCAUCCGCCGUGGUAUUCAAGACAACUGAAGGAGGCUAUGCAAUUGAGCCACGACCCGAGAUCAUUCAAGUGGUCAGCGGACGACACAUGGUCUCGGCAAACCGACAUUGUUGAUGAGAAGGAAACUUUCCACAAGAUCGACAGCAGUCCUGUGUCGGUGCAAAAGCUCUACAACAGCAUUGACAUUGCUCGUUGGACGACCUUCCGGGUCACUAUCAAGCCAAGCUCCGAUCGUCCCGACAACUCUCUGAGUCUAUUUCUACAGGCUCUUGCAGACUUCAAUAUUCGCAUAAACCAAGAUCCCUUGUUCAAAGUCGUAACGAGCCCGAGUGGCGUAGCACCACUUUGGCGUAUCCUGGGCGAUACUUCCACACACCAGUCUCUGUCGGACCAGCUUUCCUUACCUUACCUCGAUUUCGAUUUGAGAUAUCAGCUUGAGGUCUGUAUCUCCAAAGGUUGGCUCAAUGAGUACAGCUUGGACGAAAACUUCUUGCGACGCCUUGUGGGAAUGCGGCCCGAGCGUGCGAAGCAGAUGCUCAUCCACGUCGAUUCCUACCAACAAAGAGUUUACGAUCCUUUGUCCAUUUUCACCGACCUGCGCUACUCCAAGCCUGUACGUGCUCGCGCGUUGCCGUCAAAUUGCGCAGAAAUAUAUCAUGCCACAGUCACUGCAACCCGCAUCCUCUUUCACACUCCGUCCGUCGAGAUCACCAACCGUAUCGUGCGGAAAUAUAGGCGCUUCAGUGAUCGGUUUCUUCGAGUGCGCUUCGAAGAUGAGCCAUACAGGGGUCAAACAAAGCUCUAUCCUGCAACAAAUGGUAGGAUGAAGCUCAUAUUUGAGAGAGUCCGUCGUACGCUCAAGAAUGGCAUUGUUCUUGGUGAUCGACAUUACGAGUUUCUCGCGUGGGGAAACUCACAGCUCCGAGAACACGGAGCCUACUUCUUUGCUUCCUCGCAAAACCCUGUCAUCACCGCCGACAGCAUCCGCAGAGACAUGGGCACCUUUGAUCACGAAAAAGUUGUAGCAAAACGAGCUGCGCGAAUGGGACAGUGCUUUUCUACGACAAAACCGGUCCCGGUGCUCAGUAGGAACAGUUGGAAAAGAGACCCGAUCCCUGACAUAGUUAACGGGCAGUACACUUUUACCGAUGGAGUGGGUAAGAUCUCUCCACUCGCUGCUCAGCUUGUCAAAACAAACCUCAAACUUGCCGGCGAGCAUCUACCUUCGGCAUACCAAUUUCGACUGGGCGGCUGCAAAGGUGUCCUGGCUGUAGACCCCAAGCUCAAUGGCGUUGACAUCAAGAUCCGACCAAGUCAAUACAAAUUCAACUGCGAUUCAGACGAAUUGGAGAUCAUUCGUGUCUCAGAGUUCUGGCAACCAUUCCUCAACCGCCAGCUCAUCUUGGUGCUCUCGGCGCUCGGCGUGCCUGAUGUUGUGUUCUUGCGCAAACAAUUAAACUGCAUCAAGGCAUUGGAUGCCGCUCUUGUGGAUGAUACGGCUGCCUUACGGGCAUUACGCGCGACCGUUGAUCCCAAUUCAAUCACUCUCAGCGUUGCUGCCUUAAUAGAGGCCGGGUUCUCCAAGAUCCAUGAACCUUUUGUGGCUUCUCUUCUACGACUUUGGAGGGCCUGGACAUUGAAGUACCUCAAAGAGAAGGCGAAGAUACCGAUCACUCAAGGUGCCUUUGUACUCGGCGUUGUCGACGAAACGAAGACGCUUCGUGGCCACAUCAACGACAUCCAGCCUGGGCUCGACGCAAGCCGGCUAGAGAAGGAGAAAUCUCUGCCGGAGAUAUUCAUCCAAUAUACCGACCCGGAACAAGAAGGAGUCCGCCGUAUUAUCGAAGGCAUUUGUGUCAUAGCGCGGAAUCCGUCCCUACACCGAGGCGACGUACGAGUAGUCAAAGCCGUCAAUGUGCCACAGCUACACCACCACUGCGACGUCGUGGUUAUGCCAGCGACUGGCGAUCGUGACUUGCCAAGUAUGUGUUCAGGAGGGGAUCUCGAUGGAGAUGACUACAUCGUGACCUGGGACCCAGAUCUGAUACCUUCGGAGUGGAAUGCUGAACCAUUUCACUAUACAGCUCCGAAGCCAAUCCAAAAAGAGGAAAUAUCCGUCGACGAUAUCAUCAACUUCUUUUACGAUUACAUGCAGAAUGAUUUUCUUGGAAGAAUCGCCAAUGCUCAUCUCGCGGCCGCUGAUUAUCUCCAUGACGGUAUCAACAGUGAGCAAUGUUUGAAGCUUGUCGAAUUACAUUCGUUAGCUGUUGAUUAUCCUAAGACCGGCGUCCCUGCUGAGAUGAGUCGAGACCUUGAACGAAACAACUGGCCUCAUUUCAUGGAAAAGAGGCGACCCGGAAAAUAUCGUUCUACGAAGAUUUUAGGGCAGUUGUACGACGCGGUUGAGAGAGAAAAAUUUAAGCCGCAUUGGUCAGGAACUUUUGACCGGCGAAUUCUUAUACACGCUCCGGCUGAUGAGAUCAUGCAGACUGUGAGCAAUCUGAAAAAGAGUUAUGAUGAGAGUAUGCGGCGCAUCAUGGCUCAACAUCAAAUCGGCUCUGAGUUUGAGGUUUGGUCUACCUUUGUACUCCACCACAGCAAAGUCUCUAGAGAUUUCAAGUUUCACGAAGAGAUUGGACAGCAUGCCAAAACUUUGAAGGAGCAAUACUACGAUGCAUUCUGCCAGGAGGCUGGUGGACAUGAGAUAGAGAAGCUCAAGCCGUUCGCGAUAGCAGCUUAUCAUGUCACUCAUAACGAGCUUCGAGAGGCGCAAGCACAACGGCGAAACGUUUCCGAGGACGAGUCAGAGGCUGUUGAUACGGAUGGGUCCGGUUCCGCUGACACUAACAUGCCCUUCAUAUCGUUCCCAUGGGUCCUUCAGGAUACUCUUGUGAAAAUUGCGAGGAACACAGUUCUACACGACGAAAGCGAGACGGUACAGAGAGCUGAGCAACGAUGCACGCCUAGUGACGAAGCUGUACAGGUGGAGACUGGGCUUCUCUUUGAGGGAAUUGGUCGCAAAUGGACUUAUCAUGGGAAUCACCUGCCCGAUCCAUACUUGCCUGUUGCAAGAGGUACGAAUAGUGCUCGAUCAGAAAUAAAUGUCGCGAUGCGGAAUGAAACUUCGAGGCUAGGAGGAAUGCAACUGUCCUCUCCCAGACAAAACACAUCAGAAGAGCUUCGGCCGAUCAAACAACAAGCUGUCAACCUACUCGGAAACUCAGAAGAUCAAUCCGCGUCCGAUAUCAGCUCGAUGGUUUCUUCUAACGUCCCUUCAGUGGUUUUAAGCAACCUGAGUGCCUCUACCAGCUCCGAUGACGCCGACUCACCACCCUCGCCUGCGGAGAAUGAAGUGGCCUCUUCCCGGAUGUCUGGCUCCUAUGUCGCAGGUUGUUUCCAAAACUCCCUGAUGUCGACUUCGACCAACAUACCUCCACUUAUUGUCUACGAGAAGCUGCCGCUCCAAGACCCAGGAUUGAUGACAGAAGAAGAGUUUCGUGCAUUUGAGGGCGAUGGUGAUGAUGAGGAUGACUAUACUUUCUGAGCCUGACGCCUGUACAGAAUCACGAUCAGAUCCAGGAUACGCCACCAAGACUUCUGAGGCACUCAAUGACGUCGAAUGAUGGAUGUGAUUGUCUUCAGCAGCCUGCAUCACUUCCCGUGCCCCUGUCUUUGAUACACUUUCCAGUCUUGUAUGGCUGCCUAAACACCAGAACAAAAAAACCAAAGGCCUCGCCAGGCCAAGGAUGGGAUUGGACUUUCGACAAGGUUUUCUCCUAUCUACUGUGCUCGAAAACAGCAUGAUACCCAAAAUCACAGCGCGGCGUUCGGGCCAUUUGAUCGGGAGAAGGGGACAUGACUUUCAACAUGUGGGCGUGUAGUCAACUUUAUGAUAUGCAUGACAUGGCAUCAAAAAUGAUAAAGGCACACCCAGCGGUGGCACCUGAGGGGAGGAAAAUAUGUGACCGCAGGGCACGGGUGGCUUUCUCGAGGAGCGAGGGAUUCGUAACGAGACUUAGUAUGGAGUCGAGAGCUCCGAGAUAGGCACCCAUGAAAUGCGAAGUUGGAACUCAUCUUGAUCUCCCGUGUCAAUGUGGAAAUCGAGUAGAUGCACUCGACUGGGCUAAAUCGCUGCUCAGAACGCGGUCCAUGACGAAGCAGGUACG